UUACAACCCUGGCGGUAUAGAAAGACCGAAAUCGUACAGCGGCGAUCGGAAAGGGAAAGAAGAGUUUCGGAAGAUCGUGGAACACCGAAUAUUGAAAAACGACCGCAUCGGGAAGACUCUGGAUCGGUUGUCCGAAAAAUCGGAACCCUUAACCGCUGAAUCGGUCGGGUCCAACGUCUCCGCCUGCUCCGGUCGUUCGAGCAACUCGAAAAUGGCGAAAGGAAAGGUUAAAGACGUCGCGCGAACGAAUAAGAAUCGACCGAAGACGGAGCGUGAUAAAGACAGAUCGGAAUAUUUCGAGCGGUACGGGAUUUACAAGGAUCCCGUGCCAAGCGUCGACAUCGACGAUCGACGAACGCUGGAUCGCAAGAAACUGUUCGACAAAACGAGCGUGUUGCGUUCUUUGGGAUCGACCAGCAGUUGCGGUAGAUUGGCUGGAAACGAUAGUCUUCCUACCGCGUAUACGUACGAAUAUCGAAAGCGCAUAAGCAAUCUUAACAAACGCUGAAAACGCGUCGGUCGAACGAGGUAAACGGUCGUAAUUACAAGUUUUGCGUUGCAAUUAAUAAACAUUUGGAGUCAACCGUCGUAAUUGCUAAUAUUUUGAGAGAAGCGUGCGCAACUCCGUACUUUGGUUUGGUACGAUUUAAGCAAAUUCGAUACGAUGCUGCGAUAAAAACAAAAAGAUACGCAUACGUAUAUCGGAUGCGGAAUUUAUGACCGUUCGACGUUGCCGAUUGAAAUAGAAUCGUUUCGGCCAACUCGCGACGAAAUCGCGGUCAUCGAUGAUCGUAUUAGUCGGGAACACGCGGAAACUAUAAUUGGCUAUCCGCGUCUCUCUAACGCGAGCGAGCGUUCGAUGGCGAGAUCGGAAUCAUUCGUGCUCGAGUCGCUACGAUUACAAUUAAAUUCUGUGGCACAUCGGUCUCGGUUUGUUCCGCGACAAGAGUUUUCAAAGCUGAGAUAACAGAGGUUAAAACGUAACCGAUCAGCUUCGCGCGCAUCGACGAAACGCUGAACAACCUAGUUACGAAUUUUUCGGAUCGCGACCUCUCCAGGGUUAACAACGCGUACAAUAUCCCCGUUGCGAAUCCAAUAAACGAUAUCCGCGCGAUCCACGCAAUCGCGUAUCCGUCUCAACGAGCCGAUUUACAACGAGCUGACCACAAUAGGUAAGUCCAAGGCGACGAACGACGUCGGAUCGCGUUAUCGUAGCGUCUUAUCGGUAUCGAGCGAAGCUCUCGAAGCGUUUGCGCUCGUUUCGAACGUUUCCUGCCAGUUUAGCUCUUUCUUCGUACCGCGGCACGCGCUAUUUUCCGAUCCGCGCGGCGCUGCCGAAAAUCUUGGUGCGGGCGGCAGCCGUGUUGCAGUCGGUGACAGAUGAUAAUGCGAUCACCGGAUUCGACACGGUGGUCGUGUUCGGACGCGUUGCCCGUCGGAUUUCCCUGAUUAGCGUCGAUCGUUCGAAUCAGUGUUCCUGCCAGUGUCGGUGUACCGUGCACGCAUAGCCGGACGUUCUCCGUAAUAAUGACGAUCACCGUGGUCCAGGCGAAACUCGCCUCGAUGAUUGCCAUCGGGGUCGGCAGCUUCGUCGUCGGAAUCGCCCCGGUUUGCUUCGUCUCGCGGGUCCGAGAACUUCAGCAGAGAUUGCUGCUCUCUUGCACGCUCUGUUUCGGCGGGGGCGUUCUCUUGGCGACCUGCAUUCUCCACAUGCUGCCGGAAUCGCGCGAACUGAUGCCCAAUUACGCGGAACUGGUGUUUGCUUGCGGCUUUCUUUUGUUGUACCUCGUCGAUGAAACCAUUCACUAUGUUUGGGGCAGCGCGAUCGAUCACAAUCCCGAAGCGGUCGAAUAUCGAUGUCCUGGGAAUAAGGUAGACCAUUGCAGAACUCACUCGCACCAAACGAACUAUUCCGCGCCCACGCAAUCUGUCAGAGACAUUUACUCGCCGGAGGUUAAUUCGAAAUCGAUUUAUCAGACGAAUAUUUACGGGAACGGAGCGAGCAACAGCUGGAAAAACAGCACUUACGGAGCGCUGCAAUAUCCGGCAACUGCCCCUGCGUCGUGUUUUCACGAGGAGGAGACGUUGUUGUGCCACGGUAAUCACUCCGAACCCUGCCCGAAUUCGAACACCAGUCUCGUGGGCCUUUUGUUGGCGCUCACCGUGCACUCGUUGCUCGAGGGACAAGCGAUCGGUUUGCAGAAAACAACGUCCGAGGUGUUGCUCUUGGUCGGUGCGGUGGCCUCGCACAAGUUUGUCGUCGGCUUUUGUUUAGGCUUGGAGCUAGCUGGCGCAAGCAGUUCCGUCUUUAGGCUCGUACUGGCAAUAUUUACCUUCUCCGCAGGGUCCGCGGUUGGCAUCGGAACUGGAAUGUUGAUGCUUCGGAUGAAGCACGAGUGGCUAACGGUUUGUCUGCCGAUUCUACAAGGUCUAGCCGGAGGAUCGUUGCUGUUCGUGACGGUUAGCGAAAUUCUUCCCAGAGAAAGGGCAAGAUGGCACAAGAGUUCACGGCGUUCCGCUGGAAUUGUACAGUUCUUUUCCGUGGUUCUCGGCUUCGUCAUUAUAUACGUGAUAAAUAACUAUGUAGGCGGGUGAUAUUUAAUAUGCCAGCGAGAUAGAAUCGUUCGCUUUUUAAACAUUGGUGUACGCAACUACGAGGAAUAAAAGAAAAUGUAAUUCGACGCCGAAACUAUCGGAUCGA